AUGCCUGGAAGGUCGUCUUCGGAUUCUUCGUCAUCCACGACACCCACGCCGUCUCGCGCUUCUUCGCCUUUGCCAUUUUCUCGUCACUCGUCAACUCCAUCAGAAACUGAGUCCAAUUCACCCCUACUCGGCCUCGGAAGAUAUACCUCCUCGGGAGAGGGCCGCUGGUUAUGGCGCAACUUAGGUUCGAGUUCUCCAAGGAGGCGUAAACGAGAUGGAAGAAGGUGGAGAACAUUCAAGGGUGUUUUGAGACGUAUUGUCAGACACCCACUAUUCCCUCGUCAACCGCUGACCAUAAUACUCGCGCUCCUGGUGUUCACCGUCUUCGCCAUUUCUCUCACAUUAAUCUUGCUCUAUGUCUUGAACCCUGACAAGGAAGCUUUACCUUGGAGGGCAUAUUGCACUAUCCCGCCCACAACAUCUGUCCCCCCGCAUUAUCGUAAUACAUUGCCAUAUCCCUACAUCAACCCCCUUCCCAAAGUUAUGCCACCGUCGUUCCCACCGGAUGAUCUCGAUACACUACCGCCCGCGGGGCUGUUCUUAGCUGUCUUCUCGAUGGAUUCGGCAUUAGAACGUAGAAUGUUGAUUAGAACGACGUGGGCAGCACAUCCUCGUAGUCGUAAUGGCGCAGGAGAAGGAGACGACGGGAUGGGCACCUCAAGAACUGUGGUGCGUUUUAUUCUCGGCCAGCCCCGCAAAGGAUGGGAAAGACGUAUCCAAACAGAGAUGGAAAUGUACAACGAUAUUAUAAUCUUGCCCUGCCCCGAAAACAUGAAUUCUGGCAAGUCGCAUGCCUACUUCACCUGGGCAGCAUCGAACGCUUGGGUCCCGCCAGUCUACUUCAAUACCACGCAUCCAGUACUGGAGGUCUCUUACUCAAAUCAACAUACCCCCGCCCCCCGUCUUGCCCCCCAUGAUCCCUACUGGGCUUGGAAAGACAGUGCCUCAGGUCAUCCAAGACCUUGGGUGCGGCCCGAUUAUGUGGCUAAAGUUGAUGACGAUGCUUUCGUUAUGUUGGCUGAGCUCGAGGCGCGUAUGAGGCUGGAGCUGUACGCUACAGGGCAGAGGCCAUAUGGCAUGCCCUACACUUCGCCAGCCUCGGCAUCCUUCAGAGUGGAGGCACCAAAAGCGGAAUUGCAGACUGAUCCUCCUGCCGAUACCCCUAUAUCAUCAAUGUUUGAACAGGAGAUGCAGCGCGAUGGAUCAGCGGACGAUCCAUUGGUUUACUGGGGCUACCUUGUUAAAGAGAAAUUUAUGGCUGGCGAAUUGUAUGGUUUGAGCUGGAGUCUUGUCGACUGGGUUUCUAAGGAUCCAGGCGUCAAAGGUCUUACCAAAGGUGCAGAGGACAAGCAGACGGCCAGAUGGAUGGGACUACACCCACGUGCAGGGGAGAUUCGUUGGUCAAGCGACCAUUGCUGGAUAUAUGAUCAUCCCCGGUCAGGGACUGUAUACUCUCAUGGCUUCCUGUUUCCCUCUGAAGUCUCUCGCGUUAAGAAAUCUGUUUUGGCAUAUCUCGACAAAGUGUCCCGCAAUUCAUCGACUGGGACGAUCUUGUCGUCAAAUCCAGCUGUUGCGACUUCAACACCUUUAUCUUGGUCGCACUCAAGUGUUGCGACAUUUGGAACCCGGUACCAGCAGCCCCUACAAGAGAUGGAUUUGGCUCAUAGUGUUGAGGCACUAGUUGAAGGCAGCCAUAUGUCUGAGCUGCAGGAAGGGAUAUCUAUGGGCACUGAGAGAGCAUGGCGUAGCCGCGAGGGACGCAUCACGCGAUACGAGAACAAGCGCGUUGGUGGAACUGUCGUGGUGCACUUCAUCAAGAAGCACAUGUGGUUCUUAGAGACUGCGCUUGCUUUCUUGGAGGGCGAGAAUUUUUCUGAAACUGAACUUGAGAGUCUCAAUACGGACGCGGACAGGCUCAAUGUGGGCUUGUCGUCAGUAUGGACAGAUAGUUCGGUUUUCAAGCCGACGAAUGCAAGUGCUGCGUUGUGA